AUGUCUACAAUUGUCAAUGUUUCUGCCUUUACAAGUUACUUCCCACCUGGAUCUCUUGAGGUUCUCACACUGGUAGAUUUUGUCGUUCUCUACACCAUCAUCUCUGUCUUCGGAGUCAUCGCCAACUUCAUCAACAUCAUCGUUUUCGUCAAAAUGGGGCCGCGGGAUUCAGUCAACAUCAGCCUCCUGGGUCUGUCCAUCUCUGACUUGUGCUUCCUACUUCUGACGUUUCUCUUAAGUAUUUCGUAUUACCCUUUCUGGGAAGACGCUGACCUGAAUUUCAGCGUCUAUGAUUUAAAAGUUCUAACAGUUGCCUGGCCUCAGUUUUAUUUCAGAAGAGUUAGCAACUGGAUCACGGCCUUCAUUAUGCUGGACAGAUGUAUCUGUAUAGCGCUUCCUCUCAAGGUAAAGGACAUUAUAACUCCGAGGCUUGCCAAAUCAAUAUUGGUUUUAAUCUUUGGUAUCAUGGCGCUGACCGUGUCACCGCCGUAUUUCUCCGCCAGUUACCAGACUUGCUGGAGCAGCAAGACCAACAGGACGACGAUAGCUCUUGUGUAUCGAGACAACAGCUCAGCGAUGGAAGCCAUUUCCUCGGCCAUUUCUGUCGUUUUCACGAUCGUCACGUUUAUCUGGGCAGCCGUCUGUACCUGCAUCCUUGUGGUCAGCUUGAGAACUAAAGGUAGGCUGCGCAAAGAAAUGACUGGGUAUAUCAAACUGGACCACGUGUCCACGAGAGACCGGAAGAUAAUCAAGAUGGUCACCCUAAUGUCCAUCAUUUUUAUCGUUUCGUUUACCCCUGACGUCGUUAUUCUGCUUUUCAUGACUGUAGAUUCUCGUGUGUCCCCCUUUGGUCAGUACUUUGACCUUUUCUUAGUUCUGAAUGGAGUCAGUGAGCCAAUGAUUGCCAUCACAGCUUCAGUCAAUAUCUUUGUGUAUUAUUCUAUGAGUUCAAAGUAUCGGGAGGUCUACAAGAGAUAUUUCAAAAUACGCAAAUUGUGUUGUAUAUAG